AAGUGUGUUUUGCUGUUACUUGUUACACAUUCAAUAUUAAAAAUAAAUCGCUUUAAACCACAAUACAUAAUUCCAUCACUCACUUAACUAAAUAACUUAAUUUCUAUUUACAACACCGUUAUUGACGGCAUUCGAAGAAAGUGAUUUUGCUGAACGUCGGCUUCUAACAAAUUUGGUCUCAAAAAAGCCGAUGAACAUUUUACCGCUACAAUGACUGAAAAAAUGUCCAAAUUUCAAAUAAAUACCAAAUCCAAGACUUAUUUGAAGGACAAGGAGGCCUUCCUGAAGGAUUUAAGACAGUUCAAUGAAAGUAAAAACAUUGUGACAAAACCGGCAUACGUGAAUGGUAUUGAGAUUGAUUUGUAUCACUUCUACACAUUGGUCCAACAAAGAGGAGGUAUUGGAAAGGUAAAUCAAAAUGAUACAUGGGAGUCUUUCCUGAGACCUUUGCGAUUGCCUCAUCCAUGUAUCAAUGGAUCAACACUACUGCGAAGGAUUUAUUCGUCUCAUUUGGAAAAAUAUGAACGAGCGAAAGGACCACCAGGGCGUGAUGAUGAUAACGACCUGGACGAUGACCCCAGGCGAGGGAGAGGCAGUGGUAUGCCCAGGAUUACUACUUUCGGAGGCGGUACUUAUGUCUCAGCAUCAGGAGAGGCUCUGCGUCCGGCGCCGCGCGUGGCGGCUCCCUACGAGCGCCUGGCGCUCUCGCUGUUGUCUCCAAUGCCGAACGAACAAGACUUCGCCGUCAACGUGUGCACGGUGCUGGCCGCGGACCAUUCGAACCGCCUACCGCUGGGCACCACCCCGCACAUACUAGACUUCCUACUGGCUCAUGCCGGUGUUUACAAUCAUUCAAGUCUGCGUGACACGAUCGGAAGGUCGUACUACGAAGCCCGAGGCCGAGCCCCGGACCAGUUCUGGAGCAUGCGGGCCGGGGGCGGAGGCGCCAGGGAGCUGGCCGACGAGACCAAGUUCAUGCAGCCGGGCGUUGAACAACCCGAGCUGAUGGUCCAGGCUUUGGCGGCCCAGAACUCGUUGAACGACUGCCUCAUGACCGGCGAAGAUGAGGAGGAUGUCGUCGAGAAAAUUGUUGAAGAGGCUCUCCAACAAGAGGCUCUAGAAGAUUGGGUGGCGGAGCCGUCGGAGGAGAAUCAGCUUUUCGCUCCGGAGUUGCCCGGUGGGGCGGCCUGUGUGUACACGCAGCGGGUACUGCAAGUAGCUUCCAUUGUCCGCUCCUUGUCCUUCCACGAAGAGAACGUGCAGUAUCUUGCCAAGAACACCACGCUGAUAAGAUUUCUGCUUCUUUGCGCCAACUGUUGGGUCGGCACAUUGCGACAGUCCGGGCUGGACACUCUCGGUAAUGUGUCUACCGAAUUGAUAAUCAAGGAUCCGGCGACUUGUCUGAUAUCUAGACACGUUCUGUCCACCAUACAGUCUGCGUUAGUGUCGCCGGAUCGGGCCAGAGUAUUGGCAGCACUCGAACUGCUCAAUAAGCUUGCACAAAACGAGGCCAACGAGGACGCUUUGCUCAAAGCUUUAGAAACGAAGGUGUACUCGGAGGUGUGCUCGCUGCUGACGCUGCGCGACAUAAUGGUGCUGGUGAUGGCGCUGGAGUGCGUGUACGCGCUGACCGGGCUCGGGGACCGCGUGUGCGAGCACGUGGCGCGCGUGCCCGGCCUCCUGCACACGCUUGUGUCGCUCGUCACCGUCGAGGCCCAAAGCUACGGGCCGCGAGCUUGCAUACUGAUGCGCGUGGUGGAGACGGUGAGCGGGCCCAGCGCGCUGGCGGCGGUGGCGGAGCGAGACGCGCAGGAGCGCCAGCAGACACAGCAGCCGCAGCCAACCCCGACUACACCGAAACCAGUACAGCAACCAGAGCCAGCGCCGUCCACGACAGUAGCGGCCACCACGACCACGGUGACCACGACUCCAGCACCCUUCUCAUCGAUACAGCAAUCUCACAUGCAACAAAGAACUAUACAGGAAAAUGAAAAUUUCGCUCAAGCAUGGCUGCGCUCGAGCUACGAGCCGCUGCCACUGAAUGACAACAGCAGCUGCGAGGCAGCCGAGGUGUACCGGCAGUACCUGGCCUGCUGCACCAAGCUCGGCAGGAAGGGAGUCAUCGCGCCCGGACACUUCCCCAGACUAGUGAGAACUGUAUUCGGCGGGACGGUCGGCCCCAACCCGGUGACGGCGGCCUCGGGCGAGUCGCAACAAGCCUACAUAGGGAUCAGGGCUAGGAACCCGCAGAACAGGACCAACACCACUGCAGGACCGUCGUCGCCCAUACUCAAGGCUCAGUUGACGAACAAGGCCGCUGUGGAAGUGAAGCCGGCUGUCACGCAGGCUGCGCAGUCCCAACAGUUGCCAGUGUAUCCUCAUCUGUCACAGGCGCUGGAAUCGAAUCCCUCCAACACGACCCUCAUCAAGCACUUGCUCGCUCAUAAAGUAAGCCCCGCUACAUCGCAACCGCAAGUGGCGCAAAGACAGCAGAAUCAGCAGCGUGUGCCGACAACGUCAACCGUGGUUGUACAAUCCAACCAGGCCAUGGACGUAGACCCAGAAUCAUUGAUUAAGUGCACCACAAUAAUAACGCCGGGUGGAGUUGCCAAUACGACGCCCUCGACGCAAAGCGAGAAGGUCAUCAUCAGUACUCAAGAGGACAUAUUGGUGCCCAAAGAAGAACCGGUUCAAAUUCAAAUCGACGAUCAAACGCAGUUUACUAUUAAGACGACACAAAACAAAAUGUUAGCAGAUCUACUCGAGAAGAAGUCGAAUCCUCCCGUACAAGUCGUACAGAUGGCGCCCCAGCUCAACGCUCCGACCAUCCAAAUAACGGAGACCGGUCAGAUAGUUCAAGUGAAGUCCGAUUCGACGCCGCUGAUACAGAUAUCGGACUCGGCCCUCGUCGGCGGUCAAUAUUUCCAGAUAAAAAACGACCACGGCCAGCUGAUACACAUAAAAAACGAACAAGGUCAGAUCGUUCAACUGAAGAGUGACCAGAUACAGCCUCUAUUGCAGUUCAAGAGCGAACAGGGACAGAUCGUUCAGGUGAAGAGUGAGUCCGUGACGCAGCCGGGGGUGGUUCAGUUGAAGGAGAAGGACGCGCUGGAUUUGGUGGUCACGGAUCACUCGUACACCGAGCCGCCCUCGAAGAAGAUCAAAGUCGAGGAGACAAGCGUCCGACAAGAAUCCGUGUCGAAAACGGCGGCAAAUUUGUAUGCGGCACUCGCGGCAUCCGCUUUAGAAGACGAAGACGAUUUGCGACCUCAUCGAUUGAUGGUGGCGGGAAUGCGGACUAAGGUUUCUCUACCACCGAAACAAGAGGCGAUGGAUGUGAUCCAACCGCCGGUGUUGGUCGCGGGCACGGCCGAUAACCCGUCCGUCAUAAUUCAAGAACCAAUAUUGCAGGUGCAACAACCUACUAUGCAAGUUCAGCAGUCUGCGAUACAAGUUCAAGGUCAAACUCUGCAGGUCCAGCAGCCGGCAUUACAAAUGCAACAGCCGAUGUUGCAAGUGCAACCGAUGGACGUCCAAAACAUCAUAGCUUCGCAAUCCGGGCAGCUGAUUCUGCAAGAAAAAACGAUAGCAACACAGCCGGCGCAGUUUAUGCAGCAGCCAAUGCAGAUCAUCGCUACCCCCAGCACUUCUCAAGCAGGUCUGAGUUACAUCACCCAGAAUCUGCCGAGCAAUAUGAUGCAGAAGACUAUAAUAAUCGUUCAGGGUCCAGCCGGGGGUGGACCGCUGACGCUCACGGUGAACAACCCUGGCGGCUUGGACGAAGGCACGCUAAACAGUCUAAUAGCGCAAGCGACCGAAGCAUUGACACAACAACAAAUAAUACAGAAUACUGGAGUGAUACAGUCGACCCAGAGGGUUAUUGUCAGUCAGCCAACACUAGUGAGCACUUCACAGCCGAUAACCGUUGUGAAGACUGCCAUUGCUCAGAACGCCCCUCAAAUAACUCCAAGCCAACAACCGAUAAUAACGACCCAACCGCAGCCCCACAAGGCUCAAAUCGUUAGUCAACCUCAAGCGCAACAGAUAGUUGUGACCCAGAAGCAACCUCCCACUCUUAUCACCACGUCGACCAGCAACCAGAUGAUGCAGGGCACCCAGCAACUCAUUCAGGGGAACCAGCAAUUGCUCCAAGGGGGGCAACAGCUUAUAUCGGUGUCGAACAACCAGCCCGUGCUGAUGAGUGCACCGCUGAAGGCGAACGUUCACAGAGUCGUGCAACCUCAGAGGAGUCAAGUCGUGAACCAACCGAUGGCGACUCCGGCAUCCGUUGUGCAGACCGACACCAAGAAUACAGUCAUUCAGAGCGGCGCGAAAGUCCAGGCACAAGCAAUGAGGCAGGUGAUCACCCGGCAACCGGUGAUGGUUGGCAACACGAAGAUCGGCGAUAAGGAGCUAGUUGUGACGCAGCCGGUAACUCCCGAGAAGAGUGUAACGCCGAAACCGCCCAAGUCGACGGCGACUCCGCCCCCCCCGCCGCCGCCGCCGCCGUGUCCGCGCACGCCGCCCUCCACGCACGACCCCGACACACCUUGGAUCUGCCACUGGAGUGGAUGCGGCAAAACGUUCGCGAACGCAUCGGAAGUGUUCGUGCACGCGGCGCGGCGGCACUGCCCGGGCGGCGCGGGGGGCGAAGCGCCGUGUCUGUGGCUGGACUGCGACCGCGUGCCGAGGAAGACGUUCGCGCUACUCAACCAUCUCACAGACAAGCACUGUACCGUGGCGGCGUUGAAGGCGAUUUACAACUCGCGUCGUCACACCGCCUCGGACGCGGACGGCAACAAGCCGGUGUCGGUGGGCUACCCUCCCAACGCAGCGCUGGCCGCUCUCAACAAACACGCAGCCGACAUGUUCAACCCGAGGGAGCUAAUGGUAAGUGACGAAAACGAAGGUCCCGUAACGAAGAGCAUUAGAUUGACGGCCGCCCUCAUCCUGAGAAAUAUCGUCAUUUAUUCGAAUACAGGAAGACGGCAAUUGCGUUCGUACGAAUCGCAUUUGUCCGCGAUCGCGCUCAGCACGGUCGAAGCCUCGCGCACGAUCGCCCAAGUACUGUACGACAUGAACAACAUAUGAGAAUCGCUUAACGGGCACAAGCCCUGAGCGGACGUGCGAAAAGCAGAGCCGCGUUGAAAAAAAACAUUUUCUCUAACGUCAUAUAAAAUCGGCCUUAAGCGUGGCGCAACACGAAAUAAUAAAAAACUUUUUUUUUCUCUAACGUCACAUAAAAUUGGCCUUAAGCGUGGCGCAACACGAACUGUCAUUUUGUAUGUCUAAUACAUAGAUCAGUAUUUUAUGAAAUUUUUAAACGGGUUACGUUCGAUUGUGUAUGUAUGUUUUAUUAGUGCGUGAACGAGUGGAUCUAGACUUUAAGUAUAGUUUUUUUUUUAGUAAAGUAAGGUAUAGUGAUAAUUGUUUUGUAUGAAAAUGAAACUUGUGCUAGUAUAAGUGUGAGAAAAAAUAAAUAAAGGGAGACUUGUGUUUCAUUGACAACUAAUUCGAACGAAGUUCCGUUUGCUUUAUCUCUUUUGUGUUUGUAAUAAAUAAAGAUUAAAAAAAUAAAAAAAUAAAGAGAUGGAAGUUGGUAUUGCAAUUUUUUUUUCGAGAAUAUUAAUAAAAAAUGUUUAUCACUAUUUUAUUAUAAAAAUAUAAAAUAUUUUUGCAUAUUCUUAAAUUUGACGGUAGCUGAAUCGAUAUAGAAAUGUCUCAGUUACAAUAUUGUAUUCAAUACAAAUUGUAUGUAAUAUUGUAAACUCCGUUUCAAUAUAGACGUAUUUUUAUAUUCAAGAGAUUAAUGUUUGAUUCGAUUAAAAUCGAUCAGACAAACAAUUGCAAUCGUAGUGAUUAUUACUUUUUAAUACAUAAUCAUUUAGUCGAUUUCGAUUUAAGUGCUUAACGCGGAAGACUUAUUACAACAAGAAAUGCUGUAUCGGACAAGCAACUGGUUUUCGAUUAUCAAAAACAGUUAACACACAAUUCGGGUUAAAAAACUCGUGUAGUCAGAAGAAUACCAGAAUAGUUCACGGCGACGAAGUUAUUAAAUGUUAAUUUUUUUUAGAUAUUCCACAUAAAACCAUGGACACAGUAGUGUGGUAGUGCGAUUGAAGUGGUAAUAGUGCUCGUAAAAUUUAAAACAAUAUCAUUGUUAAUGGUUAGCGACUUUACGGGAAAAUACGAUUAUUUUAUUAACUAAAUUAACGAAAUAGCGGUUAUUCCAGAUAUAUUAAUAAUAAUCAAGAGAUCAGUCACACACACACACACACACACACUGUCGUCUAGCCCCAAACGAUUCCCAGUACUAUGGGAACCAGAGAGUGAUAUACAGACUUUGGUAUGUUUAAAUAUGUAGAUAAUAAACAUCCAGACAAAAAAAAUUGUUCACCACAUUACGGUUUGUCCGAUGGCUGAAUCGAACCCACGUCCCCGGCCUGGCAGUUAGGGUUCCUAACUACUGCACUGUCGCGUCAGUCUAUGUGCUUGCCGCAUGUGACGCGGUUUUGUUUUGGGUAAUUUUAAAUAAUGCCCUAUGGUUGAAUUUCUCACUCAUAAGUUGAAGAUGGAAAAGAAAAUUAUUGGCC